AAGAUACCUACAACCGAAAUGUAUUGCGAUAAGACACGCAGUCGUCAUAUCUGGAUUAAAGAAUACACUACUCGUAGGACGCCAUCAUCUCGUUGAAUUCGGCAACGUUUUGUUUUCAAACACGCAGAAAUCGAAAAACACUUACGACUACGAUAUACCUAAUAAGCGACGGUAAAUCGAAAAAAAUGGAUCUAUCUACAAAUUUAGAAGCAUUACGCUCGGCAAAUCAUGAUUUUUCAUUUUCUUUGUACAAAGAAGUGGCCAAAACUGAAACAGGAAAUAUUUUCUAUUCUCCAUUCAGUAUCCACGUGAUUAUGUUUAUCGCUAGUAUUGGAGCAGUGGCAAAAACAUUUGAUGAAAUGGUAGCCACCAUUCAUCUAAAUGAAACUACUUAUUCACUGGAAGCAUACAGACAAUUAUUGGAAGAAUUAACAAAUGAAAAUGAUAAGCUGAAACUCGCAACCGGAACGUUUGUCGAUACAGCAUAUAAUGUUAAAGAUAGUUUUGUGGAAAACUCUAGAAAAUAUUUAAAAUCUUCUUCGAAAAAAUUGAAUUUUAAGAAUGACCCAGAACGACAGCGCCAAUAUUUAAACGAUUGGGUUUUAAACGAAACCAAUAACAAAAUCAAAGAUGUAUUCCCCACAGACUCUAUUAAUCAUGACACUGCCUUAGUAUUGGCAAAUGCUGUAUAUUUUAAAAGUGCAUGGGCACAUCAAUUUACACGUUGUAUAGACGGCUCUUUUUAUGUGACUCCAAGCAACGAAGUAGCAGUAAAAAUGAUGAUUCGCGAACAUGGGUUUCAAUACUAUCAUGAUGAUCUUCUACAAUUCACCGCACUUGAAUUACCCUAUGAAAACCAUUCUUUUAAAAUGAUAAUUUUAUUACCUGAUGCUAAAGAUGGGUUGAAUACACUGGAGAAUAACUUUUCAAAAAUUAAUUUACAUGAAAUUUCAAAAAAUAUGACCCAGCAUUAUAUCAGAGUCAAAUUACCUAGUUUUAAACUAGAACAGUCACUGCAAUUAAAAGAAACAUUAUCCAAUCUGGGAAGUCCAACCAUGUUUACACGGGCAGCAAACUUUUCUAACAUUGUAGAAGACGGUAAUAUUUAUGCGAGUAAAGUUGUGCACAAGGCAUAUAUUGAUGUAAAUCAAUACGGAACUGAGGCUGCAGCAAUUACAAAAAUGGAAUUCAUCCCAAGGCGUGCAAGAUCAUAUACAGAUUUCAUUGUUGAUCAUCCAUUUAUGUUUUUUAUUUCGACUAGAUAUAAUACUAUUAUAUUUGUAGGUCGAAUGACCGCAAUUAUUAAUUAAUUGGUCAAUUUAUCAAUUGAUUAAUUUAUUAAAGUUUUUUUAAUUAGAUAUUUAAUUUUGUCAAAAACUCAAGGCAAAUGUAAAACAAAUCAAAUUUAAAGAUUUCAAUCUUGAUUAUUGAAAAAAAUUGUGUAUUACCUUUACUUAUUAGUUAUAUUAUUACUGUUUUUUCAUAUAAUAGAAAUUUAAUAAAAAACCUUGAAUAAAAUUCAUAAAUUAACAUUAAAUUUUUUGAAAUUAUAUAUAUUUUUUAAUUUUGCAAGUGUUAUGCACUUCAGUUACCGAUUUAAAUUUUAAUGUAUUCAGCGUCACAUAUGCAUAGUUUAAUGUUAUGUCUUUCGUGUAGCUUAAACAUAAAAGUUAAAAUAAUGUUAUAUAUCUACUGCUGUAUUUAGAAAUUAUAUGAUGUACCUACCUAUAUAAUAUUAAAUUGAAACAAGUACAAUAUAUUUUUAUAUUUAAGUUUAUAAAUGUAUUUUGGUUAUAUUCAGACAUCAGUCACAUACCAAUAAAUAAUUACAACUUGUA